AUGUUGCCUGCAUGGCCCUCUUCUUGGGACUUUUUUCUGGGUCACUGGGAGGACGAUGACGACAACAACGUGGUGGUGCAGCGCUCCUCGACCUCGGCUGUGGCGGUUCUGUCUCGCAAGGGUGGCUCGUCGAAGCUGCGUUUGCCAAUUAGUAUCGACGACUGGGGGAGGUGGACGUGCGGCCAGGGCGUUCUACAGAGAUAUUGCUGCAAGGAACGCCGGAUUCUCUGGUGGUCGGAGAGUGAUGAGAAAAAGCACUGGACUUGGUCCCGUGGUUCUUCGCUGCGUCAGACGGAGGUGUAUCUGGCACAUGCACCCUUCAUACAGCAAGUGACGCACUUUUGGAACUCGCUUGGUACCCUUGAAGCUUCAAAGGAGCUGAUAUCGAUUCCAGUUUGGGCCUUACAAUCCCCAAAGAAUGACGUGAAUGAAAACAUAGCUUUCCGCGAUGGGGAGUUCAUGUUUGAUCAUUUGGAAGAACUUUUGAGGAAUCCUGCGAAGGUAAAGGACUUGCCUCCACUGGAUGCCUUUCUACACAAAGGGCCUGAUGGUCACGUGUGGCUCUAUUGUCCCAACCACCGGCUGUUGCCCCUCAAGUGCUUGCAGGCAGUGCAUGUGAACGUGGUUUUUCAGGUACGUUGCGAAGUUCGUCAGGCGGAUGACGAUGGUGUGCAGCCCAAUUGGCCCACCUGCUGGGAGUUCUUCUUGGGCCAAUGGCAGGACAACGAGGAGCAUGAUGUCCACUGUCACGCGGUGUGCGACGCGAGUCGCGUGUCGGUCUGGGCACAUCUCCGUCAGAAGGGCAUGAAGGACCUGAGACUGCCCAUUAAGAAAGAUGAAUAUGGCAGAUGGACUUGUGGUCGCGGUGUGCUCCAAGCGCACCAAUCUGUCGAAGGCUCGAUUGUUUGGUUGUCGGACGACCUGACGCAGGAGUGGACAUGGUCCCGUCAAAGCAGAGCAAUUCGACAUGGAUCGAUUUCUGACAAACAGAUAUCCAUGCCUCCAAGCAGGAGAAGGCAGUUUGUUUGGUCUCUCUCACAGGCGUUCUUUUUAGGUGAGUGGGAGGAUAGCAAUGAGAGCAUUGUAAAGGUUAAUUGGAAAGGCGGUUCCCUUUCAGCGCAUUUCAAUCGACAAGGGCGAAAGAGCCUGCGGUUGCCCAUCACAGUCAAGCAGGGCGAAUGGAGAUGCGGCAAGGGAGUCUUGCAGAAGGACACGUGCAAUGUGGAGCAAAUUCUGUGGAUCUCUGAUGAUUCGUCCGAAUCCUGGAAAUGGCAUCGCACCCACUCCGAGUACCUGCCGCAUGCUCCCUUCAUGUCCGAGGUGACCCACUUUUGCAUGUGUUCCGUGUCCUCCAUGAAGCCGUCCAAAGAGGCGGUAGAAGUGCCCAUCUGGGCCUUGCGGUUUACGCAGUACAACAUCAAUGAGAAUCUGAGAUUUAGCGAUGGUAGCCACAUGUUCACCUUGUUGAAGGAGCUCCUACAUGAUCCGGCGAGGAUCAGAAAGCUGUCUCCCCUCGAUGCGUUCUUGUUCGAAGGGCCAGAUGCUCAGAAAGCACUCUACUGUCGGAACAAUCGACGGCUUUUAGUUUUGCGCUGCGUACAAGCAGUGCACAGUGAUGCAGUGCUGAAAGUCAUGUGCCGCAUCAACGACCCCCACAGCACGCAGCGUUCCUGUCAUGGGAAGCGGCGUUUGCGAGAUUGGUUUCAGGAUGGGUACUCCAAGCCGGGCCAAUUUUCAGGCUGCGAUGGCCUUGGCCUUGACAUUUGGAUUCGCGAGCCAAAAGGCUGA